AUGCAGCACUUACAUGACCUGAAAUCCAGUUUGUGGAACUCUACCACCAACUCUGAGCGGAUGAAAGCUUUAAACCGAUUCCCAUCAUUCAAUUUAAACCUGCGUCGGCCCAGACGAUCCAGUCACUCCACAGCAGCCUGCAACAUCGAGCUUGUUGCUCCAAAGGUGAAGGAGCGCACACAGAACGUGACAGAGAAGGUCACGCAGGUACUGUCUCUAGGUGCCGAUGUUUUGCCUGAGUACAAGAUCCAGGCUCUGGAUGUCCACAAGUGGAUCAUGUUGCACUACAGUCCGUUCAAAGCCAUGUGGGACUGGAUCAUUCUUCUGCUAGUGCUCUACACAGCCGUCUUCACGCCGUACUCGGCUGCUUUCUUCCUCAAUGAGCUGGAGGAGGAGAAGAAACACACCUGUGGUUACACCUGUAACCCUUUAAAUGUCGUAGACGUGAUAGUGGACGUUCUGUUUAUAAUAGACAUCGUUAUUACCUUCAGGACAACAUACGUGAAUCAUAAUGAUGAGGUGGUGACCCAUCCCAAGCUCAUCGCUAUCCACUAUAUCAAGGGCUGGUUUCUCGUCGACAUGGUGGCCGCAAUUCCCUUUGAUCUGCUCAUCUUCAUGUCUGGAUUAAAUGAGACGACGGCCACUCUCAUUGGUCUGCUGAAGACAGCCCGUCUGUUGCGCUUGGUCCGGGUGGCCAGAAAAUUAGAUCGCUACUCCGAGUAUGGAGCUGCAGUCCUCUUCUUGCUCAUGUGCACCUUCAUGCUGAUUGCUCAUUGGUUGGCAUGCAUCUGGUAUGCCAUUGGUCAUGUGGAGAGGCCCUACAUGAAGACAGGUUGGCUGGAUAACCUGGCCGAUCAACUGGGGAAACAUUACAAUGACAGUGAUGCCAGCUCAGGACCCUCCAUUCAGGAUAAAUACAUCACUGCGCUCUAUUUCACCUUCAGUAGUCUGACCAGCGUGGGCUUUGGGAAUGUCUCUCCAAACACCAACUCGGAGAAGAUGUUCUCCAUCUGUGUCAUGCUCAUUGGCUCUCUCAUGUAUGCCAGCAUUUUUGGGAAUGUCUCUGCAAUAAUUCAGAGGCUUUAUUCGGGAACAACACGCUAUCACACCCAGCUGUUGCGGGUUAAAGAGUUCAUCCGCUUCCAUCAGAUACCUGGAGAACUGAGGCAGAGACUGGAGGAAUAUUUCCAACAUGCCUGGUCCUACACCAAUGGCAUUAAUAUGAAUGCAGUCCUGAGAGGUUUUCCUGAGUGUUUGCAAGCUGAUAUUUGCCUGCAUCUCAAUCGUAGUCUGCUGCAGAAUUGUAAGGUGUUCCAUGGGGCAAGUAAAGCGUGCCUGAGAGCUCUCGCCGUGCGCUUUAAAACCACCCACUCCCCACCUGGAGACACCCUCUAUCACCAUGGCGACGUGAUCAAAGCCCUCCACUUCAUCUCCCGAGGUUCCAUUCAAGUGUCGCAAAAUAACAUUGUGCUGGCCAUCCUGGGUAAGAAUGAUGUCUUUGGCGAGCCUAUAAAUCUGUAUGCUGAUCAUGGUCACAGUAACGCUGAUGUUACUGCACUUACCUACUGUGACCUUCACCGUAUCCAAAGAGACGACCUUCUGGAGGUGCUGGACAUGUAUCCUGUAUUCGGCGAGAGCUUUUGGAGGAAAUUAGAAAUCACCUUUAACCUACGAGACGCUGAACAGAUGAUGCCCAGUGAAAAUUUGGACUGUGGAUAUCAUGUGAAUGACAUACGACACCGCCAAAACUCACUAGACAGGCGCAACAGGCCAGACGGAAUGGACCAGAAUAACUCAUACCCAUCUCGGAUGUGUUCGACCCUGGGUCGCAAUCAUUCUCCAACCGCUUACAUGCACUGGGAGGAUCUGUGUAGCUGUGGAAGCUCUACAUUACAGUCCAGUGAAAAUCUCAGCAAGUCUCCCAUCAGCCGCUGUGAGCUGUACAGUUUGGAUGCAGAUCAUCUGGAUUACCCCUCUCCUAUUGUGAGACUAAUACCAGCUCGUGGUGCCUCUGGGGUCAGCAGCGAGCCCAUUACGGAUAUAGGGCACUUAGCUCCCCCUCCAUCUGGAUUGUACCAUUACUGGCCUGACCACCAGGCAGCUCUUUACGCUGAACAGACUGAACAGCGCCCCUUAUCUGUCCAGACCUCAUUCUCACCACUGCUCUUUGAGCAUCAACCCAGUGAACUUGAGUCCAGACUGGAGCUCCUGCAGAAUCAACUCAGCAGACUGGAGACCAGAAUGACAGCAGACUUUAAUUUGAUCCUUCAGCUUCUCCAGCGACAGAUCGCUCCGGUGCCCCCAGCAUAUAGCACCGUAUUACCGGACAGCCACACUCCUGACCCUGCUGUAAUGUACGGAAGCAGUGCACCAGUACUUCACAUCAUGUACCCGAUCCCAAACAUUCAGCUGGACAGUAGAAACACCGCCAUUCAGAGUCCAGCCCAGCCAGAUUCCAUAUUCAAGUCAAAUUCCCAGGGUUCUCUGUCCAGUGGUGUUCACAUGGGAGCUGCAUCAGAUGACUGUGUACCUGAUCAACUGGAAACGAAUACGGUUUCAACCCCAGUGCAUCAGCCCAUAAUAAUAGAUCCACCACGCCUCUGUGCAUCCCUCCGCUUUCCCUCAUUGCCCGGCAACCUGGACUCUUCAUCACACCUGGAAGGAAUUCCAAAACACACAUCUGACCCUGCCUUACCAGUCAACUAAAAUCACAACACACCAUCAACCAGCUUAUCAUAACAGAACAAUGAGAACACAUGAUUAAAACACAAUCGAUAAAUAAAUACCAUACUGAUGCUAAGAAUACCAAGCAAUUUGACCAUCUUGGUAAACCAACUGUUGCAGUCCAUAAGUUAGGACAGGCCUAAACUGUUUUGUGUAGUCAAAACUUGUGUCGUUACAUAACGUGAUUUAAGAUAAAUUUGCACAGGAAAAAAAAUGCAUUUAUAAUAGGGGUUUUAAUAUUUAAGGAUCUCAAAAGGAAUUACUGCUUUGAAUUACUGAAAAAGCUACUGUUAAAAUAAAGAGAGAAAUGAGACAAUUUUGGAUGCUGUUCUUUAAAGAUCUCUCAGAUUUAGUAGUUCAACAGAUAACGUUAAAAAUAACAAUAAUAAAAUGAAUAAAAAUCUGAUAAAACAUUGUCAAACUUUGACGUUGGCUUGAAAAAGUCUAGUCUUAAUAGGCUUGAAGGUUUUAAGUUAUGGAUUGAUGCUAAGGUGUUGCUAUGUAGAUGCUACUUGUUAGAGUGUUCUGGGUGGUUGCUAAGGUGUUUCUAUGCAGAUUAUACUUGUUAGAGGGUUCUGGGUGGUUGCUAAGGUGUUUCUAUGCAGUUGCAUGCAUUUGAAAAUAAUACCUCUAAUUCUAUCUGCAGAACAAUUUUUUUUUAAGGUUACACUUUUAUAUUAAAAGAAACAUGUUUACAUGAAUGAUUUCACUAAAGUGUGGACACUGACCUCUGUGUGACACUGUCUCCAUGAAAUCACAAGUUUGUCUCCGAUUUCAUUUCUUUUUAUUAUCUCAUAACAGACUUUUGUUUUGUAGAAUAACAUAAGCAGGUGAGGAGAUUGUUCACCCCAAUUUUAGGCAUCAAAAUGUACCUCUUAUCAGAAACCGAUAAAAUAAGCCAGUUGGCAAAGUCUGGUUACUAAGAAGUACUGUUUAAAAUAUCUCUCAAAAGACUUUUGCACACUGGUACCAUUAGAGUUCUCAAACUCACCGUGCAUCGAGAUCACUGUGUACAGUAUAUUUACAAUUUGUUGGCUCACAAGAAAAAUAGCAUUAUUACAUAUAAAGUCUACAAUAACCAUUCAACCAUUAGCUGAGAUCUGGAUAACA